UUCAUAAAUUUAUUUAUGAGAAUUGCUUUUAGAUGCAUGUGCAGCUCGGUAAGGGAAGGUAUUUUAGCAAAAGUGAUAGCCUUUACCAAACGACAGUAAACUUGUAACUGAGAAUUACUAAUGUUUGGGCCAGUGAGUCAAUGAGUCAACGAAUCAUGAGUCGCAAUGAGUUGCAAUGAGUCGAUUAAACUCCUAAGACAAUUUCCUAUGCUGAAUAAAAAUAUGACACUCAAAUUUAAUAGUUGGUUUGAAACCAUAAAAAAGGACAAGCACAGCUUGUCAAAAACUAAGAAAAAAUAGUGUAAUAUCAACCUCAACCAGAUCACGUUGGGUCCUCUCGCAUAAUCUUGUGUCGUUAGGAGUUCUGGGAUCAAGUUUGUUGUCAGUAAGUUCAACUUAAAAGAGGCGUGUGUCCGUAUAGAUAUACCGUACUGCUAUAAAUAAUAAAUAGAAACAUGUAUAUACAUUGUCUUUUAUAAUUCUGAGUCCUUGCUAGCUCAUCAGCCAGUCCACCAGGUAGAACAUUUCUAGGCUUAUGAUCAGUAUGCUCCUUUACACCUGGGUGCCUCCUCACCCCUGCGUCCAGAGAGGAUGCCAGCAAAGGUGUAUCAUUGAAUCGUAGCGUUGUUCAGAAAAAACACUAUCGCUUAAACGUUUCGACUGAAGUCUUCAUCAGUAAUAUUUUACAAAUCAAAUGGAGCUAACAUAUACAAAAUCAAUACAAUAGAAUUAAUACAAUAGAGUUGGUACAAUAAAGUGAAUACAAUGAGGAGGUUAAAGGAAAAUUGCCUAUUACAAUAGUUAUUGGUAAAAGUGUAACUCAAUGGGAGGGUUAGAAGAAAGCACAGGAGAAGGUGCUGCUAAAGUAGGCGGCAAUGCAAGUCUACCGGGGGCUCAAAUGUUAUUUGUAGCAAAAAGAAACACCUGUUUAAGAAGAAUGUGCUAGUGGCAGAAGAGAGACAAAAAUACAUGCAAAGAAAUAGCCUAAAACCUAUGUAUCAACAUGUCUAGUGUUUAAGCCCUAAGGAGAAAAUCUGUCUAGCUUAUACUGCCAGAAGCUUUCUCGCAUCCUAUUCCCCCCAGUAAGCCUACAAUUAUACUAACCUUUGUAUCCUGCAGAAACCCCCGGUGGCCUUCUCCAGAAGAGUGCCUGAAAAAUUCCGCCUGAGGUACUGAGGAUCCCUGACUAACUUACGACUACAUGCCUUAUAUUUAUUAAACCUUAAUCUAAAGGGCGUGUUAGUGCAACCAACAAACUGCACACCACAAACAUUGCACUCUAAGAAAUACACCACAUUAGACGAAUCACAGUUAAACGAGUCUGAUAGGUAAUUUAUCUUAUAUUCCUUACCAGUUACCUUAGACUUAAAACUAUCACAGUUACUCAUGACAUUACACACUUGACAACGAGCUUUACCACAACCAGAACAUCCCUCAGUAUGUGUGCCCCCUUGUCCCCGAUUACUGAGCCUAGCCCUGACCAAAAUGUCCUUAAGGUUCUUACAUCUCCUAAAAGCAAUUAUAGGUGGCCCAGGAAACACCUUCCUAUGCUCCUUCGAAUGGCUGAGCAUAGAUUGGAGUUUUCCUGCCGCUUUCCCCAAUCCAUUGAGUGCUGGAUGGUAUGUUAGUACAAAUGGAACCCUUUCCUCCCUCCUCUGGUCUUUGGUUUUACUACCCGAAUUAUCAAGAAGAGUCGCCCUAUCUAACUUACGUGCCUUAUCUAUCUGUUCAUCAGCUAGAGACUCUUCAUAUCCCCUGUCCUUAAGCCAUCAAGCUAACUCAUCUACCUGAUCUUCGAGAAAGCAAUCUUCAGAACAAAUCCUACGAUACCUAAGUGCCUGGCUAUAGGGGAUCGCUUUUCUAGUGUGCCAUGGAUGACAAGACUUCUUAUGCAAGUACUGAUGUAUAUCAGUAGGCUUGCAAAACAAGGCUGUCGACAGGACUCCCCUCACUUAGAAUAACCUGUACAUCUAAGAAACUUAUACUAUCCCUUGAGUGUUCGCUAGUAAACUUGAUGGUAUCAUGGCUACUGUUGAGAUGGUCAAUGAACUCUUUCAGCUUCUCUUCCCCAUGCAUCCAGAUAAAGAAAAUAUCAUCGAUAUAUCUUACUCAAAUGAGGGGCUUUUCCACCGAAGAGUCCCUUAACCUUUCCUCCAACCGGGUCAUAAAAAGAUUAGCAUUCGCUGGAUCAAACUUAUUACCUAUAGCCGUGCCUAAUUUCUGCCUAUAUAUCUUAUCGUUAAAUUCAAAGUAAUUGUUAUCCAAGACCAAAAAUGCCAACCCCACUAGGGUAUCAGUAGCCACUUCUGGGUUUUCCCUUCUAUCCAGCGCCUGCUUGAUGACCUGCAUAUAUAUAUAUAUAUGUAUUCAAAAGCUCUAGACUGUAAUGUUUUUUAAAAAUUUAAAUAGAUGAUCAGUAAAAAAACAAUCAUGUAUGCUUCUUCAGAAUCAAUAUAUGUAUAUAUAAUGUGUUACUGAUCACAACUCGCGACUAACGACUCCUGACUCACGACUCACUGAGUCACGAUUUAGGCAACCUCACUUUUAACAUAUAGGCAAAUGUUUUAUUUUAUGUUCAUCCGAGGGGGCCCUUCAUUAGCAAUGAAGUCUUUUGAAAAAUUAAUUUCACCAAUAAGUUAUGCUGCUAGAAAUUGUUUGAAAUUUCAUGUUACAUACCUUCCUUUAAUUCAGGUUACAUAAAAACUAGGAUAUAUUGCAUUAUUUUAAAGGUAAGCAUUAUUCUGAUACAUAGCUUGUUAUCAGAUUGUUAUUGCAGGCCUAGAAAGAAACAGCCUCUGAUAGACAUCCUUUGUUUAGACUUUCAGCCAAGAAAGUUCUCAGCAUUAUUCUGAUACAUAGCUUGUUAUCAGAUUGUUAUUUCAGGCCUAGAAGAAACAGCCUCUGAUAGGCUCCCAUUGUUUAGACUUCCAGCCAAGAAGGUGCUCAGCAUUAUUCUGAUAGAUGGCUUGUUCUAAGAUUGUUAUCUCAGGCCUAGAAAGAAACAGCCUCUGAUAGACAUCCUUUGUUCAGCCUUCCAGCCAGGAAGGUGGUCAUGCAACGGCUGCAGAUAGAUGAUUUGCGAAUUGCAGCUAAUGUGGCAAUCUGUUUUUGCUCAAUCAGUCAAUAUUUCAAUCAAUCAAUAUUUAUUUACACGAGAUACCUUUCAGCAGGAAAAUAAUUAUUUACAAAAAAAGAACUAUUAAAAAAAGAACUAUUUGCAUAUUGCUGCUCUACCAAGGGGUCGUGUUUGGGUUCAAAAGAUACUCUCUAUAACCUGUUUUAAAACGAGCGAUUGAUUAUUUUUCUCGAAUGUUGUUAGGGAUAUCAUUCCAGUUUUUGACACCAGAGAAAUAGAAAACCUCGCUUUGCAUACUCUAACCUAACUUUGGGAAUUUGCAGGUCUCCACGGUUUCUGGUUCUAUACUCUGAAAUCACGGAUCUUUCAGUGAAUUUAUGGCGAAGAUUUUCGGGAUAGAGGUCAUGCAAGAUUCUUUAUGUCAUGAAUUCUUGGUCAAAGGAGAUUAAUGACUUUACAGUGAGUCAUUUGCUUCCUUUGGGAGGCAAGCAUCAACUCAAAACUAUCAUAACUUGUAUUUCGUCAAACGAUUGGGUUGAUCCCGUAAAAAUUUUCUGUGCCCGAAUACAAUGUUCAUAAUCGUUAACUGCCUUAUUAUGCCAGUUAAAAAAUGAGGGUGGGCGGCUGGAUGCGCGUCAGGUUUUCUUGAAAAACAACACUUCGAAUGAAUGACCCCUUUUGGUCACUUUUGGUCUCUAACGAAACCUAUUGUAAGUAGCCUGCGCGCAGACUCUCAAGUCUUUGUGCGAGGUGUUCUCUUUGGAAGUGGGCAUUCAAAUGAAGUGAAUUAGAGGUGUCUACCAUGAAUAGAAACAUCAGCUUAUACUGUGCAUGCACAAUGUUUAUCUUAUUUUUUACCAAAAACUCUAUGCUGAUCAAAGAUAAUGAAACUCUUUGCGCUACUGAGAAAAUUGAUAACAGGUAGUGUAGGCAAGACAGAUCGUAUGAUCAAUUGUAUUACUGGAGCUAGUAUCAAAAACAAGAAUCUCGUCCUAAUCAAUAAUUUGCAGGCAUGAUAGAUAUGAGGACUAUCUUAAUUACAGAAACAUUUAAUGCGAAAUAUCAGGUCAAAUCGCGCCUAUAUCCAGAUAUUUAAAUUUUCUGGGUUUCAAGUCAAGAAAAUAGGGCCGCGUAAAGGCGCCAGGCGCCUAUAAUUUGUUGGCAACAAAAUCACUUUAUAUUGCAAAAAAAUCAUUUUGCAUCACAGCUUAUACUAAGAAACAACUCUGUAUACUGCAGAAAUUUUACAGAUUAAAAACACAAUGCUAUAGUUCUACGAUAAUGUCCUCGUCGUGUUCUUCAUCAGAACCAGAGCCUUCGUUCUCGUUCUCGUUCUCAUCGACUGUGUUACAAUGAUCUCUGUCUUCGUAAAUUUCAUUGCUCGCCUCUUCAAGCUACAGCAACAUUUCGUUUACCUCUAAGAUUGCUUCUCUAGGCACAGCUCGAUUCAAAAUCGUAUCACGGAACCGUGAAUGAAGCUUGUGGUAGUCAUCAUCCCAUUCGAUGUAUCCGCAUUGCUUGAAUCCACUGACGAUGAAUGCUGGUUUUGCUACUGCCUUCCAUGCUUGAAGUACCCACUGACAAAGCAUUACGUAAGAUGCACGACGGCGGUUGCCCUGCUUGGUGAACUCUUCGGUACCACAUGCGAUCCACUCUCCCCACCUCUCUUUGAGAAUAUCUUUGAACGGCUUAUUGAUAUGUGUGUCAAUAAACUGGAGCAAUGGAGUCAUACCUCCAUCGAUGAUUUUACAUUCUGUGCUGUACCUCUUGAAAAACUAAGGAACAUCUCCCAAGUGAGAUUUGGCAGAAUCCAAGGGCCUUGGUUAGGUUUUUGAAGAUGGCCAUUGGUGGCAAGGAUAUUCCUUCGUAAUAAUCAUCGAUUUUGCGUACUCCAGCAGACAACACAGUGGUUGUGACGUUAUUAGCCUCGUAUUUAUGUUAUGUUGGGCAUACGCCCGGUUUGUUAUGUUAUGCGUGAGAAUACAAAAUGGAGUAUUGAAGUUCGAGUUCGAGUAUUCUAUUCUUGUUAUAUACUGGAUAUUCUUACAUGGUGUCAGGUAAAACAUCCAUCUUUGAUGUUUAGGAGGUAAAUGAUUGCUUUGCUGGUUCUUGUUUCGCGAUGACAGAUCCGGAUCCAAUCUUGCCUGGGCCUAGUGCUUCAACUGAAGGAAAUAGCGGUACAUCGGCGUACAUAUUUAACGUGCCAUUACCCCCACGAUUAAGCUUAGAAGGGAAUUUGGCAGAGAAUUGGAAGCAAUGGAAGCAAAUUUGAGCGAAUCUUCGAAUUAUGGAUUACUUACUGUAUUGGAGAAACAAAUGUAAUUUACGAACGGUAUAAAUUCAAUAAUUGUACACAGGGCCCUACAGAGUCAAUUGAAACUUAUGCGGCCUCUUUGCGUGCCCUCGCAGCCACAUGUGCAUUUAUACCACUUGAUGAUGAGCUGAUACGUGACCGAAUUGUUUGUGGCAUUCACAACAAUGCUGUGUGACGUAAGUUACUGCAAGAACCAAAACUCUCAUUAUCUAAAUGCAUUGACUUAUGCAGGGCCACAGAAACAAUUACUGCUCAAGCAAGAACAAUGGCUGGCCAAAAUGAUAAUCAUGACCUCAUGGCCCAUAAUGUUGGAAAGCAAAGCAGCCCGAGGAAGACCACUGGAGACACAAGAGGUUUUAUUUCCGACUGCAAAUUUUGUGGGCGUAGCCAUAAAAGAAACAAAGAGAGUUGCCCAGCCUUUGGCAGAUAUUGUUCUGGUUGUGGUAAGAGAAACCAUUUUGUUGAGAAGUGCAGCUUGAAGAAACCACCAGGUAUGAGAGAUACAUUUUCUAAAGCCAAAAUACAUGCAGUGAAGGAAGAAAACACUUCAAGUGAUGAUGAAAUUCUCGUUGUUGAAAUUUCACCCAAAAAUAAUCUGGCAAUCAAUGCUGUGUCCCAGUCCCCUCCUAAGAACAAAAUUUUUGCCUCCAUGAUUAUAAAAGGCAGGCAAAUUUGUUUUCAACUUGACUCAGGUGCUACCUGUAAUGUCCUUCCAAAACACUUCGUUCUUCCAGGCACAAAAGUUGAAAAAUUGGAUCACUCUUUGCGCCUGUACAGCCAAGCCGUAUUACCGAUAAAUGGUAUUUGUAAACUUAAGGUAGUAAACCCAAAGAACCAGACUGAGUACACUGUCAGAUAUGUUGUUGUAAAAGGUGACUAUGUUCCAUUAUUAGGAGCAAAUGCAGCACAAAAGAUGGGACUUCUGACUGUUAAUUAUGCUAAUAUCUUUAACGCAAAUGUAGAUAAUGUUAGCUCUAACAGUAUUGCUUCAAACAGCACACAUCAACAGGCACAACCAACGGUUGUCAUGGAAACAGUUUUAUCGACCACCGCAGUGUCUCCACUCAGUAUUGCAGAUAUAGAGAACCGUUUUGGAGAUGUCUUUGAAGGUCUGUGUCACAUGCCAGGCAAAUUGCACUUAGAUGUUGAUGAGUCACAAACCCCUGUUGUCAUGCCGCCUCGCAGAGUACCAAUCGCUCUUAAAGCAAAACUCAAGGCUGAAUUGGAAAGGCUGGAAAAUCUUCAUGUCAUUCAGAAAGUUACAAGUCCAACAGAUUGGGUAUCAAAUCUCGUCAUUGCAGAAAAACCAAAUGGGAAACUGAGGGUGUGCAUCGAUCCACAACACCUCAACAAAGCAUUGAAAAGAAGUCAUUAUCCGUUACCGCUCAUCGAGGAUGUGCUGCCAGAGCUAGAAGGUGUCAAGGUAUUCAGCAAAAUCGACCUGAAGGAAGGGUACCUUCAAAUAGAGCUCGAUGAAGAAUCAAGCAUGCUCACAACGUUCCAGACACCAUGGGGGCGUUGGAGGUACCUCAGGAUGCCAUUUGGAAUUAAACCAGCUUCGGAACAUUUUCAACACGAAUUUGAUCAGUGCAUUGAAGGCCUAUCUGGGGUGUAUGCAGUCGCUGACGAUGCUCUUGUUACCGGAAGAGAGAAACUUACGAAGAAGCUGUCAAAAAUCAUGACAUGAACAUGCUGGCACUUUUGAAACGUUGUCAACAAAAAAACAUCAAGCUGAACAAGGACAAAUUCAAGUUCAAGUGCGAUGAAGUUUCCUUCAUUGGUCAUACCCUAACACAGAAUGGUCUUAAAAUAGACCCCGCAAAAGUUGAAGCCAUCACAAAGAUGAGCAAGCCGAAAGAUGUCGCUGGUGUACAAAGGUUCAUUGGCAUGGUAAAAUACCUGGCCAAGUUUCUUCCCAGACUAUCUGAAGUAUGCGAACCUCUGAGAAAUUUGACCCACAAAGAUGCACCAUGGGUAUGGGGAAAAGAUCAUGACAAGUCUUUUGUUGACAUACAAAAAGCAUUUUGCGAGGCACCAGUUCAAAAGUAUUUUGACCAUAAGGCAGCAACAGAAGGCCAGGCUGAUGCAUCAUCAAAGGGGCUUGGUUUCGUGCUCAUGCAAGAGGGACGUCCCGUGUCAUAUGCAAGCAGAGCCCUCACCCCUGCAGAGCAAAAUUACAGCUAAAUAGAGAAGGAGCUGCUUGCACAAGUAUUUGGAGUGGAACAUCACCAUACCUAUGUCUAUGGCUGAGAGAUUACACUUUGGACGGAUCACAAACCACUUGUCUCAAUCGUCAGCAAACCACUCGCCUCUGCUCCAAAGAGACUGCAAAGGUUGCUACUAAGAUUGCAAUCAUACGAUGUUAAAAUCUGCUAUAAACCUGGCAAAGAAAUUGUUCUAGCAGACACACUUUCUCGUGCAUACCUGCCGACAAGUGAGAAACAAAAGUCCCCAACUGAAGAAGAAGUCGAAACUAUCCACAUGUCAAAUUAUCUCCCCAUCUCUGAGCCACAGCUGAAGGAAAUACAGCGAGAAACAAAAUGUGACAGCACUUUACAAGCACUGAAAGAAAUAAUUUUGAAUGGGUGGCCAGAAAGAAAAGGGACCCUUCCUCGAUGUAUUCAUCCAUACUUCUCAAUCAGAGACGAGCUAGCAACACAGGAUGACGUAAUUUUCAAGGGUCAGAGAGCAGUUGUUCCAGAAACACUGCGCAAAAAGAUCCGGGAUAAACUGCAUGUAACACACACAGGAAUACAGAGCUGCCUCAGAAGAGCCAGAGAAGUAGUUUACUGGCCUGGCAUGAACAAAGAUCUUAUCGACUUCAUCUCGAAAUGUGAAAUCUGUAACACAUUUCAAAACAACCAGACCAGAGAGUCCCUUAUUCCUCGUGAAAUCCCAAGCCGCCCCUGGCAAAUAAUUGCUGCUGACAUUUUCACAGUCAACAACAAAGACUUCCUCUGUACUGUGGAUUGCUACUUCAACUACUUUGAGAUAGAUCGUCUAUUUUACAAAACUGCUGGGGAAAUUAAGAAGAAGCUCAAGCGACACUUCUCUACUCAUGGGAUACCAGAUACGCUCAUGAGUGAAAACGUACCUUUCUCCUCUAAAGAAUUUCAGGAUUUUGCCAAGGAAUAGGAAUUUACCACUGAGCUAAGCUCGCCAGAGUACGCACAGAGUAAUGGCAAAGCAGAAAAUGCCGUCAAAACCGCAAAGAUGCUAAUGAAAAAAGCGACUGAAUCUGGCAAUGACUUCUAUCUCGUGCUACUAGAAUGGCGAAACAAGCCGUCUGAGGGGAUGGAAAGCUCUCCUUCCCAGCGUAUUUUUAGCAGACGAGCUAAAACACUGCUUCCCAUAUCGAAGAAGCUCCUUAAACCAAAGGUUGUCACUGGUGUCCAAGAAAAACUUCGAAAGAGGAAAGAGAUACAAUCAAAGUAUUAUAACAGAGGCACAAGGGAGCUAAGUGUAUUAAAGAAAGAUGAUGUAGUCCGGAUAAAGCCAAGAAAUUCCGACAGAACAGGCAGCUGGACCAAAGGAUGUGUCAUAGAGCAAGUUGGUGUAAGUCGAAAGUUUCUACGUCAAACCAAAGAGCCUUUUUUUGCAGAUGAAGAAGAUUCAAUCAUUUUCCCCAGAAAGGAACGAGAAGCAGUGGCUUGACCUUAUAAAGAUCACCAAUCUGAAAUAGAGCAAUUUGAUCCGCAAGAGGCACCUCACUCACGACCUGAUGCUACUGAAGAAGAGACAGCAGCCGCCAGACCUGCUGAGACCAGAUUUGAUCACAGGCAAUUGAACUUUUACCAGCCAGUAACAACAAGGAGUGGCAGGAAAGUAAUUCGGCCGGACUACAUCACUGGCCACAACUUCUGAUUAGCAAACUUUAAAAACAAUUAUUUUUAUUAUGUUACUGUUCUGUUUAUUCUUUUGUUGGAGGAAAGGUGUGACGUUAUUAGCCUCGUAUUUAUGUUAGUUGGGCAUGCGCCCGGUUUGUUACGUUAUGUUAUGCGUAAGAAUAGAAAAUGGAGUAUUGAAGUUCGAGUUCGAGUGUUCUAGCCUUGUUAUAUACCGGAUAAUUUUACAGGAACCUUCUAUUCUUCUGGACUCAAUAGACAGUUAAUGUCUUUUCAAUAACAUACACCUCCCUCGUUUUUCUUAUUUUUGCUUUCUCUUUUCUUUAUUCUUUAUUUGUAUGUAUACAUAAACAUAUCCAUAAAUUAUACACUUACGUUCAAAAAGUAUUGGGACACACUUCGCAAUUUCGAAGACAUUUCAUGCAACAAAUUUGGAUAGACUCUUUUAAAAUUUUUCUCAUUGAAUAAGUACAGCAGCUAUUUCCAUGAAACUUUCACAAGACAUUGUUGAUGUUUCGAAGCAUUUUAUGUGCACCAAACAAUCAAAAAAACGUCGACCAUAAAAUUUCUAUAGGCCUUGAGACGAAAACAUGGAGGCUCUUGAAAUUUAAGAACUGAGUUAAGAGAAGCGCUUACAAAUUGCUUUCUAUUAAAAUAAAGCAAAUUGAUUUCGUGAAAUUGCAUCAAUUGUCGGCUGCUCAAUGAGUGCAGCUGUUCUGGUGUGUAAAAAGAUUUUCCGUGCAAGGUCAAUAAAAAAUUUAUCAAGGGAUGGCAGACCGAAGAAGUUUACGAGGCCUGGGACGAAAGGUUCUUUACUGAGGGAACUGCGAAGUAAUAGGUUUGAAUCCUUACUAGAAAUUAUGUCAUCAUGUAAAAAGAAGCUAGAUUUUGGAACAUAAGCAAAAACAUGGCUAUAAAAUUCAUGAAAAAUACCAAUUUUCCAGCUUUAUUGGAAGAAAAUGCUCUUUAAUAACAAAAAUUAAACAUCGCCGACGAUUACAAUGGCUUCUCCUUGAAUGUUACGCAGUUUUAAAAGUGACUCAAGUAAAUGCAAUAAUUAAAUAAAAUUGUAACGUUUUCGUUGAUGUAGCAAACUUUAUUUGAAGCUUAAAAUUUUGAUUUUGUAAUUUCUUUUAUAAAUUUCUUUGUUAUGCAAACGUGAAAUUAAAAAGUUUAAUUUGUUUGGACAUCUCUAAAAUUUUGUGAAGGUCAUGUGACUUUGCCGUUAUUAGGCUA